AUGAGCCGCUCUGAACAAAGAACGAAAUGGGAGAACAAUGACGGAUUGGUAUUAGGCGUUCCCGUUAACGAGCGCGAAAGUCGGCAAGACAAAGGCAUUACGAAACUUUCGUUGACCCGCUCGAGCAAAUGUUGGGCUCGAAGUGUUUACGGAGGAUUAGUAUUCUGUUUGCGGCGCGACGCGGCCGUGGCAGUGGCAACUGGCUCGGCCUGCGCUGAGGGCUCGAGGAGUCACCGGCCUCAGUCGUGCUUUGAAUACGCAACGCCAGUUCGCUGA